AUGGCGCAAUUAGAUCUCGAGCUUUGUUACCAUGUAGCUUUUCUCGCUGUACUUCUUCCUCUGGGUUCAGGAGCCUGUGUUGAUUUAAAUCUUGGAGUGGGAAGUGGGACAAUUCCAGAUAGUGACAUAACUGCCUCUACUGAACAAAGUGCCCGCUCUCCAGCCACGAAUGGUCGACUGAACUACACAUCAGGAUCAUCAUGGUGUGCAGAAACUAGUGACACUAACCCAUAUCUACAGAUUGAUCUAAAAUCACUACAUAUCAUCUGUGCUGUGUCUACUCAAGGGAAUUCUCAAGCAGAUCAGUGGGUGAAGAACUACACACUACAAAUAUCCACUGAUGAAACAACUUGGACAGACUACAAGGAAGGUGGACAUGUCAAGUUUCUAAGAGGAAAUGACAACAGGAACUCAGAAGUGAAGCAUGUUGUUUAUGGAGUGUUAACAAGAUUCUUACGAUUUCUGCCACAAACACACCAGGGUGGGGUGUGCAUGAGACUAGAGGUGUUUGGAGUAGAAAAAGCGUCAACUUGUGAUUCAGAAGACAUUGGUUUGGCCUCUGGUGGUACAAUUCCAGACAGCAGCUUCUCUGCCUCCUCGUAUUAUGACCAUAGGUCUAAACCCUCUUUUGGUCGAUUGAAUGGAACUAAUCGGGGUUGGGAACCCGAGACCAAGACCAAUCUUGCUGACUUCCUACAAAUUGACCUGCUGUAUGAGUACGUUAUUUGUGCUGUGGCUACCCAAGGAGCUAAUGGUAUAAGCGAGUGGACAACAAACUAUAAGAUUCAGUUAUCAAUGGAUGGUAUCACUGCUGUCACCUACCAAGAAACCAAUGUUGACAAGAUCUUUCCCGGGAACUCAAACCAAAAUGGCAUCGUUAAAAACAGUCUUCGGGAGUUUUCAAGUGCAAAGUUUAUCCGCUUUCAACCAACAACAUACCACAUUUGGAAGGCUUUGAGAGUAGAAGUUUAUGGAGUACUUCUAACUAAAGUUCCAUUACAACCUCCUGCUGCCUUUAAUUUGACUGCAAACUCUUCUACCAGCAUUACAGCUUCUUGGCAGCUACCACCGAUCUUUACCAGGCCUGGAAGACACGUAACAGGGUUUAAACUGUUUUACAAAAAGAAGGACUUUGGAGGGUGUUUUUCCUUCUUGAAUAUUACUAGUGGAUCGACAUUAAGCAGACUUGUGACUGGGCUCGAAAAGUACACAGAAUAUAUAUUUCAAGUGUUGGCCUACACAUCUAAGGGUGAUGGACUAAAAAGUUCUGUUGAAGUGGAAAGAGCAAUGGAAGAUGCUCCUUCGCGACCUCCAUCUAACUUCUAUGUCACUGCAACUUCUUCUACCACUGUUACGGCAUCAUGGCAACUACCACCAGUAGAUUCCAGAAAUGGAAUUAUUAAAGGAUUUAAAGUGUUUUAUGAAAGGAAAGACUCUUCAGGGUCAGGAAUCAUCCUUACUAUCAACGGUGGAUCAACUUUCAAGAAAAAUGUCAUUGGUCUUCACAAGUAUAAAGAAUAUGAAUUUAAAGUGUUGGCGUUUACCUUUGUUGGGGAUGGACCGUAUACCUCUGUAGUUGUGCAGAGAACAAAUGAAGAUGUUCCUUCACAGCCUCCUGGUGGCUUUACUCUGACUGCAACCUCUUCUACUAGUAUAACAGCAUCCUGGCAGUUACCACCAGAAGACUCCAGAAAUGGAGACAUUACAGGAUAUAAAUUGUUCUACAAAAAGAGAGGCAUUUCAGGGCCAGCAAGCAUGCAGCCCAUUAACGAUCAGGCAACUCGCACUCAAGAAGUCACUGGGCUUGAUAAAUUCACGGAAUAUGAAUUUCAAAUAUUGGCAUUCACUGCUGUUGGAGAUGGACCAAAUAGUACAGCUAUUUUUAAGGAAACAAAGGAGGCUGCUCCUUCAGGACCUCCCUCCCUGUUCAAUGUCACUGUGAACUCUUCAACCAGUAUUAGAGCCUCAUGGCAUUUACCACGAGAGGACUUCAGACAUGGAAUCAUCAGAGGAUAUAAACUCUUCUAUAAAAAGAAAGGCUCAGGUUUAGCAACCUCCUUGACUACUGACAAUGGAAACACAUCAAAAAUAGUCACCAACCUUGAUAAAUACACUGAAUAUGAAUUUCAAGUGUUGGCCUUCACCUCUGUUGGUAAUGGACCGAACACCUCUUCUGUUUUCACAAGAACAAUGGAAGAUGCUCCCAGUGCACCUACGUCUUUGUCUUUUGUUGUUGUGCCACCUAGCAAUUUACAUGGUCCCAGAAUAACCUUGUCCUGGAGCAAGCCUGCAGAACCAAAUGGAGUUAUUAGAAGUUACACUCUGUUUUACAGUCGCGAUGGAGGUGCGCCAAAAGAGGAUUCUGGACUAGACAAAGAUGCACUGAGUCACACAGUUGAUGUGUUGGGUGGAGUGACAUAUCAAUUUCAUGUCAGAGCUGUGACAAUUAAACCUGGACCAAAUGGGACGAUAACUGUAACUACCAGGGAAUACAGUAAACCUUUUAUCAAAGGUCUCCCAAAAACAACCACUACAGCAAUUGGCGAACUGGUAUUGUUGAAGUGUGAGUUUGUUGAAGAAACUAAUGCUUCUCUUACCUGGACUAAAGAUGGACUAGCCAGUAUACCUCGCGCUCAGCUCGAGAACAACGGCAAAAUACUUAUCAUAAAAGAUGUUGUUCCUGGUGACAGUGGUGUUUAUGAAUGUAAAGCAAUUAACAUGUUUGGAGAGAGCCGUACAGCUACGACAGUCAUUGUCGCUGUACCACCCAGAAUUAUCGAAGAAUUAUCCCCUUCUACGGUGAUAUGUCAAAAGCAAAGUCCAUGUUUUCUCUCAUGUCAAGCAACAAGUUAUAUUCCGUUUAACUACUCCUGGACGAAGGAUGGCCAACUUCCAACUGGUGAUAACAUCAAAUUGAUGAAUAACAGCCUCAUUGUCUCGCCACAGGUUGGAGAAGAUUAUGGGGAGUAUGUUUGUCACGUUACAAACACCUUUGGCUCAACAUUAUAUGAAAUUACCCUACUCGAUUGUGAAGAUACGCAGAGCAUCUUCCUUGCCAGUGUCAUCCCAUUGUCUUGUAUUGUGUUCGUGUUGCUCCUUAUAAUUUGUGGGCUGAUAUGGCAGAGAAGACGAGCUGUUCUUAAUAAAAGACUACAGUGCAAAGAAGAAAUUGACUUUGACGGCGUGAAAUCUUCACCUGAUCAACAGUCAAGUAACGAACAAGCUUCAGGCUCAAGCACAUAUAUGGAACUCAAACCCAUGCCUUCAAACCAGGAAUCUCGUGUUCCUUCUGAGUAUCAGUCGUUACAGGAAAAUCCUGAGAACCCCGGAUAUUACAAUACUGUGCUUCACAAGCAAAAUGGCGGGAAACAAAAUGAAGGAGUAUAUGAGGAAAUAUGAUACUCCCAAAACUGAUUUUGUAUCUGCUUGAUUCAGAUUACCCAUCUUGUCUUAUAUAAUAAGCUUAAUUAUAUACCAAUUAUGUAUGUGCAAUCUAAUGACGACACAAAAAAAAGAUUUCAAACACACUUUGUGUGCCACUGUUUUGUCAGUGCUGACUGCAUUUUUACUUCAUCUGUGAUCAAAAACGGAACAGACGCACGGCAACAUCCACACAUUACUUCGGUUCAUGACACACUUCUUGUUCGAGUCUCGCUAAAAGAAGCGAUGAGUAAGUUGGCAAUGCCGAAAUGAAUUAGUUUUAAAUGUUUUCCUCUUUCAUUCAAAAUUCAU